GAGCUUCUGCUGCAUCGAUAUAAAUCCCGGCCACCAGGGCACGUUCGGGCCACUCACUAGCUGCAGCGGCACCCUGUGCCGAGAUCUUGAGCCUGGGUUUGUUCAUAAUUAAGCUCCACCCUGCUCCUGGGAUUCCCCCAAGCACUUCCAAGAUCACUCGGUCUCAUGGCAUCUACCAGCACCAAGAUCGGCCACGGCCUGGCCAAGGUCCUUGGUAUCAAGCUGCACUACCGCAACGAGACCGGCUCUGAGAGAAUUACGAGAGGCGAGUCUGUCUUCUCAGUUGCCAGCGCCGACACCUUUGUCGAAGAGGAACCCACGUCUCUCGAAUGGCUACAGAGUAUCACUCCCUCUGGCCACGAUAUUGCGCAUUACUUCAUCCGGCUGUUCCCAUUCCUCCAGUGGAUCACAAGAUACAAUUCUCAAUGGCUUAUCGGCGAUCUCGUCGCAGGUAUCACUGUCGGUGCUGUGGUUGUCCCACAGAGUAUGGCCUAUGCCAAACUUGCCAAUCUCGCCCCUGAAUUUGGACUAUAUUCGUCUUUUAUGGGUGUCUUGAUCUACUGGUUCUUUGCUACAUCCAAAGAUAUCACCAUUGGUCCUGUCGCUGUUUUGUCCACUGUUACCGGGAAUGUCGUUACCAGCGCCUCUAAAAAGCUAGGCCCUGGUGUACCCGCGGACAUCAUUGCUUCGUCCUUAGCGAUCAUUGCAGGUUCCAUUGUAUGCUUCCUCGGUCUUGCGCGCCUUGGAUGGCUAGUUGAAUUCAUUUCGCUCACCUCAAUUGCCGCCUUCAUGACUGGUUCUGCACUCAACAUUGCCGUCGGGCAAGUACCAGCUAUGAUGGGUAUUACUGGAUUCUCCACUCGAGAUGCGACCUACAAAGUAGUGAUCCACAUCCUGAAGCAUCUCGGACGAUCGAAUUUGAAUGCCGCUAUUGGACUGACCGCGCUUACUAUGCUCUACCUCAUUCGAUUUGUAUGCAACACGCUCGCGAAGAGAUACCCGAACCGAAAGAAGACUUUCUUCUUCAUUUCAACUUUGAGGACCGCCUUCGUCAUCUUGCUCUACGUUCUCAUCAGUUACCUGGUCAACAGGCACCACCGCAAGAAGCCAAAGUUCAGCGUCCUUGGCAAAGUUCCUCGAGGUUUCAAACACGCUCGUGUUCCCCAUAUCACUACAGACAUCAUCAAGGCAUUCGCGUCCGAGCUUCCAUCUACGGUCAUCGUUUUGUUGAUUGAACAUAUCUCCAUCUCGAAAUCCUUUGGUCGAGUGAACAAUUACACGAUCGAUCCCUCGCAGGAACUUGUAGCCAUUGGAGUUACCAACCUACUGGGUCCGUUCCUAGGUGCCUAUCCUGCUACUGGAUCGUUCUCUCGGACUGCCAUCAAAUCAAAGGCUGGUGUGCGCACGCCGUUUGGGGGUGUUAUUACCGCCAUUGUCGUCCUCUUGGCUAUCUAUGCUCUUCCCGCUAUGUUCUUCUACAUUCCAAAUGCUGCACUGUCAGCAGUCAUCAUUCAUGCUGUAGGAGAUCUAAUUACGCCGCCCAACACUGUGUACCAAUUCUGGCGAAUCUCGCCGCUCGAGGUGCCUAUUUUCUUCGCCGGUGUGCUCGUCACCGUGUUCAGCAGCAUUGAAAAUGGGAUUUACACGACAAUCUGUGUGUCGUUCGCCUUGUUCGUUUUCAGGGCAUUCAAGGCCCGUGGCCGAUUUGUCGGAAGAGUCAAGGUUCACUCUGUCGUCGGUGACCACUUGCUAGACCAAGAGGAGAGUAAAGAAGGCCGGACUCCGAAGGCCUCCAAGGGGAUCCCUGACGACCCAGAUUCCAACUCUAGGAACAUCUUCCUACCGGUUGAUCAUCAUGAUGGAUCCAACCCCACGAUCGAAGUCGAAGACCCAUAUCCCGGUAUCUUUAUUUACCGUUUCUCCGAAGGAUUCAACUAUCCUAACGCCAACCACUAUUUGGACUAUCUCGUUCACGUUAUUUUCGAGAAGACUCGUCGCACAAAUCCUGCUACCUAUGGAAAGCUAGGAGACCGCCCGUGGAACAACCCUGGUCCCCGUCGUGGUAAAGAAGCAGACCCAAUUGAUCAUCGACCUACUCUCAAAGCUAUAAUCCUCGACUUUUCUUCCGUCAAUAAUGUCGAUGUCACCUCAAUUCAGAAUCUCAUCGAUGUCCGUAACCAACUUGAUCGUUAUGCCGCUCCUGAUACUGUUGAUUGGCACUUUGCAAACAUCAACAAUCGGUGGACAAAACGUGCACUUGCCGCAGCUGGAUUCGGAUACUACACUCCAGAAUCUGAUGUUGACUCUGGCCUAGAACGCUGGAAGCCAAUCUUCAGCGUCGCCGAACUCGGAGGAACCUCUAGCGCUGCAGCAGCAGCUGAGGCGCAUCAAAAUAAGGCACAGCGUAGGGCCGCCGCCCAAGCAGAGGGCAAGACGGUCAACGAUGAUAUCGAGGAAGGCCCAGACUCAUCGGAAGACGCCGAUAGCCUGAACAAGCCGAGUAGCCAUCCCAAGGCAUAUGGCACGAUCGGAGGCGGAAAGUCGCAGAAGAUAGCAAUUGUGCAAGGUCUCAACAGGCCGCUUUUCCAUAUCGAUAUCACGGCGGCAAUGGAGAGCGCAUUGGCGAACGCGCAGCGGAAGACGCAUUAGACGUUGUACUAUUUCUGUGUGAGAGAGUUUUGGGAUAUACCUCGUAGCUAUCAGGUGGAUUUGAAUAAUAUAUGGGUUGCUGAUGGACAUAUGGCCAUAUAACGUG